UACAUAAAAUACUAUACAAACAAUAUACACUAAUAUACACAGUUAAAAUCUCAUUACCCUGACCAAAAUGGCAUUCGAUUCUAGCGACUACAAACUAUUGGAGUUCUCUACGCACAAGGAGUAUGUCGCUUCAUUCGCCCGGACCGAAGAUCAUCGCUACUUACAAAAUAGUAAGCUCGUGAAACAAAUUGUGCAACUGGGAUUUCGCACCAAGGCUGGUAAAGUCUUAAGUCACGAUGAAUUUGACGAUCGCAAAAAGCUCUUGAAAGAACGGCUUGCGCCAAAAGUAAUCGAAACAAAACUCUAUUGUAAAUAUUUCACCGGCAAAGAUCCGGUACUACGGGAGCUAGCAGUUCGCGAAGCACCUAAUGUAGUGCAGCUUAUAUCAACUAUCAUUUUUCUGCAGGUACGUCAGCGCAACGGCUUUUACAUAAGCGGUUAUAUAGACUACGAAAAUAGUUUGCGUCAAGCCAGCAUGCACAUGCCCGGCGCAACAAAUUGGCGAGGAAUAUUUGAGCAGCGCAUUCUCCUGAGACCCAAGCCCACUGAUCUAAGCUUUUAUGACUGGCACAAGAACUAUGUGUCGUACAGUGAUAACGAUAACUACAGGGUAGCUCACAGACCAAAGCAAGGUAUUUUGUUUUUUCACAAAGGUGAUCACAAGAUGAUACCAGCUAGUUCGAAGUUGUGUGAGUUUUCUCACAAUGUCGAAAGAAAAAUGAUUUAUUCUGAUAUUUAUGGUUAUGUUGUAUUUUACGAUCAUUUGGUGCGGAAGAAGAAAUAA